CGACGGACACUUUUACGAUUGUAACAGACUCGGGCAUCGCGCUGGCAACAGUAACUGCUAUGUCCAGCGAUUGCUUCGAGCCGUUGAGAACCACUUUGCUAUAGAAAUGGCUCGUUUGGAGGGAUCCCGCCCGUCGAAUGUUAUUUACACUUCGAACAUUUCGGCUGUGGGUUCCUUCUCCGCCCCUCCUCCUCCGUCCUCCGGUAGGGAGCGUUCGAGAUCUCCCCGCCGUGCCCCCGCUCUACGAGAUGGGGAGCGAUCGCCUCUCGAUCGUUCUCCUCAGGGCCCCGAGGCUCGGGUGGUCACCCCCGUGGCCGUGGGCACCCUGCUCCCCGGCAAGGCCGCCCCUCCCCUACCGCCGACCCGCCUACCACACAAGUCGACAAUUCCCGCAUGCUGGUUCCUGCGGAUCCAGCCCCCGCCGCUUCCGACCCCCCUGCGGCGUCCGCUCCUGUUGCUUCUUGUGCUCUAG